AUCAAUGAUUCGUUAAUGAAGACGUACCGAAAUGAAUUAACGUUCUUCUACAUUAAUUAAUGUUUUAUUCAGGAGACAGACAUCUUUCGCGGUGGUUUCCCUAAACUGAUGAUUAUCACGAAAAUCCAAUUUCGUUUCAUCAAAUUACUGCUUUUUGUCUUCACAUCACUAUAAGCACAAACUUAAUCAAGGUGAUUUGCUUCUUAGAGACUUAUCAAAGAAUGUUGGCUUGACGACCAUAAUGCUAAAAAUGAUUUCACCAUACUUUACUCCAACCAAAAUCUUCAAGCACUGCUGUGCUACUUACUCGACCUGGUCGGUAAUCACGUGAAGAUGAUGACUAAUAUCUGAAGAUUUGAACUUCCCUGCACUUCUUGUCUUGUGUUCAUCCGGAGGAAAACAAAAAAGCUCCAUGACACACCCGACAUGGGAAACCAGAUGCUACAUCUCUCUUGUCGACGAGUGGGGAUCUCGAGCAGAGUUUUUCACAAUGUGAGUCGUUACCAAGGCAGACAAAGAAUAGCCAACCGCGUAUUCUCACAGACUGCCAAAGUUGGCGAUGAUAUCAAAGACGACCACGAAAGUGGGCUCAAGAUAUCUCGAGUCGCAUCACAACGACAAGGACUCGUAAGGCAUACUGCCUCAUCCGCCAAUUAUUAUCCAACUGUUGCUGGAGAAACAAUUUCCCGGGACCUUGCUAAGGAUAUCAAAUCAUACGUCCAAGGGCUCCAAGAUGGAUCGCAGCGGAAGACUUCCGGCAAAGAUCCAUACCGGUCUAGGAUCAAAUCUCAAGAUGAGCACCGUAUCAAGAAAACCAUUCAUGAUCAUUCUGUUUCGACCGCAUCUGAUAUGGUUCUCGAGCGAAAGCCUUCUUCCCUGAGUCCUCGUCAAUUUAGCAUCAUCUCUCCUGACCCCAAGCGCACUGUAAGCUAGGUUGAUAUUCUUAUAAUGCCACCAUCACUCAUAUCAUAUAGACUAAAGAACAAGUCCUGCAAUUAAUCUCCAAACGUGCCCGCAUGACACAAGCUCGAUACUUCGCAAACUUCUCUAGUGUUUCAGCCGAAGAGGCAAUUGUUAUUCUAGUUACCCCAGCCUUCACAAAUUGGCUUAAAGAUGACGAGGGUUUCAUCAAGAAAGUCUUGGAUUGUUUUACAUAUUAUCACGUGGAUAAAAAGCCAAACUACGUCGUUGUUGUUGGUGCUGUGAUUGAUGGACUUGCGCCUUCACCUCAUGAGAUUCCCGUUGCGGAGCGUGUUGGCCCACUUGAAGGAUUUUCGUUCUUGCAUGGUUUACGGAGUCAAGUAUUAAGGCCGGAAAAUGUGUGGAAACCUGAAUCAUUCAAGAUUGAUACGACGAAUCCUGAAAAAUUGUCUCAUCUUAUAAUUUCAGGGAAAAAUCGACAAAAGCCGGGCGAAGAAUCAUUGGCGACUACUAUGAGUCUACCUUUGGCAAAUACUUUAUUUGUAAACGGAAAACACUCAACCCUCGAAAUAUCUCAAUGGACUCGGAGGCAUGAAGGUGAAUAUAAAUGCAUACAAACCGCAAAUAAGCAAUACCAGCAUAUCAAAGCUUUUCAUCAUGAAAAUACCAUGAUUCCACCAAUAUUUGUACCGGCCGUUCCUCUCACGUUUCCUCGACCUAUUGCAAACGGCUUAGGAAAUAUUAUUCGACAGCUAUCUUUCGGACCGGAAGAAACAGAUAACAGACCGGCCUCCUCAGAACUAGAAACUCAGGUCACACGAUAUAUGGAGUUUAGUAAAGUGCACACAAACAUUGGAGUGUGGGCGUUGAUAUACCGCAAGGAGCUCCUAAAUCCAAAUCUCAAGGCCACAACGCUUGAAAAGACAGAAGAUCUCGAGCGAACUUGGGGUGGUGACGACAAGAAUCUUAGAUUUGUUGGUACUCAGAUAGCUCUUGGAGCUAUUCUUUGUCGCGUUGGUGAGUGGCUUCAACUUGAUUUAACUCGUUAUGUUUCCAUUCGAGAAUGCAGAAGGCUAAUUAUAUUUAGUAAGCGGUGGUGGUGGUUGGGGCGCUAAACAAGGCCUCUUAUCCUUGGAUCCUCAAUUGACAUAUGAAGAUAUUGCUUCGGCGAGGUUUGACUAUACUCCCCAUAGAAUUGAAGAAGGGCAAGAUUCAACAUUAGGCAAUCUCGCUCGACGCGGUGAUUACAUACAAUUCUUUACCAUCAAUCCCAACAAGUUAAAGGAACCCGAGCCUCCAAUGGGGAACCCGGCAUUAGAUGAAGUUUCCAAAGUAGAUUCUAGUGUCAGUGCCGAUGGAAAAUUGGGAAACAAACUCAUCACACUAGAACCACGAAAGAUUCAGCUGAACCUCAAUGAAGCUACUGACCUUAGUUGGUCCAAGAGAACUAUAUUUGGAGUGGUUCCUAGUACAAUCGACAAGCUACCCAAAAGUGAUAUUGUCUCGGCAUCAGCUGCUUCUGACGAAACCUUGCCCUUCCUUACCUUUCGAAAAGGCGAGUUUGGCGCCGUAUCUGAAUCUGGACUUUACCUCCAUUCUUCACACCAGAAACAACUCAACGCGAAGACGUACGAGCACAUCAAUACAAAAAUCGACAUGCCAUAUUCAUACAUCUAUCGAGAUCAACCCGGGACAGCGCCUAGGGGUACCGAAGAAUACAAAAAGAAGAUGAAUUCUCUCCGGAACAGGUUCCCGGAAAAAUUUCCCGAUAUGGAUGUGGAAGCUAUUUAUUCUUCGUUUUCUGACAUGACAGCAAGAUUCAUGAUCACAACCGGACGCGUCCCUACUAAAGAAGAAGAAAAGGAAAUUUUCACCAAGCUCGAUAUUGAUCCUCAAACAGUAGAUUUUACCGACGUCACAGAAAAAUUGUUUCCAAUUCGUAAACAGAGGGUAGGCCAUACGCGAUGGCCUAUAUAUUCGCCAGAACCCGAAGCGAAGAAAGAAUUUUCUAUUAGGAGGGUUAUGGCGCCUGUUAAGGAGUUGAGAAUUAGGUUUCCUUAUAGUAAUCAAGGUGAAGAUCCGUCGUCUCCAAAGGGUUCUUCGUAAUUGCUAUUAAGUUGAUUUUGGCUUGGUGGUGGGUGGGCGGGCUGGAGGUCGGAUAGGUAGAUUGGUGGUUGGUUGGUUGGUUGGUUGAUGAUUGCCCUUCUGGUGAGGUAUCUAGGGGAGAAGAAAGGAAAAGGGAAGGAGAUGAAAAUGAAGGCGAAGAUGAAGACGAAGAUGACUAAAUCUUGGAGAAAAUAGCAUACACAGAAGAAUUGUAAGAUUAUAAAAGUGAGUACACCAUCUCAAAGUUAAUCGUGCAUAGAACUAGGUAGUGUAUAGUAUAGUAAGUGUAUAUAUACUAAAGCACGACAAGAUAAAAA